CGCAGUAGUAAUCUGCCGUCAAAACGGCGCAAAGUCUAGUUGAUGGUUGUGAGCGCCGAUUAACCUCUCCCGCUUUCUUCCCAAUUCCCCCUGGCAGGAUUUAUCUUAGAUAUCUUAUAACUGUAAUUGUUGAAUAUAACUCGCUGAAAUGGAGAAAUUUGUUCUCUUUAGAGGAAGGAAGACAGUCAUUCUUAAAAUAGAUGACAUGUGCAUCGACAGAAUUGCCCGGAUUUUCCAGGUCACCACAGCUAGCCUGUACAUCACUGAUGCUUGCAAUGUUGCCAUCCUUCCCACUGAUGGUGGCUGUUUCAGCUCCCUGGACCUCUCUGACUGUGCUCAUUAUGAGGUUCAUGGGGAAGAAGCUCCGUCACGCCAGUUUGCUUUUCGUCAUAGUCUGCCACCGUCGACUGCAAACACGGCUCAGCUGACCAGAGCAGUGAGCGCGCCCAGCUCGUUUCAAAGGUCAAUCCACGUGUCAGACAUAAUGGAUGGAAACCUUAUAUCCAUAAGGGUCGUUGUGGUGAGAUUUGUGGACGCAGAGGCAACUGUAUCAGUUAUUGUUGAGAAAGUGAAGACGGCCAUGGGAAACAGUGAAGACUACAUUCUCACAGACACACUUGGUAAUGAGAUAGUCGAGUCUGAUGGAACAACUGGAGUUUUUUACUGGAAGCAGAAUGCCAGAAGAAUCCGAGCCAUUGAACGUUCUGCCUUCAGGCAAUGGCGUCGGAGAGGAUCCAGAAGCAGAAAUGAGCAAUCUGAAGUCCUCUCUCUGAGAGACACGGUGGAGGAGCUGCUGGAUGCAUCGCACGGCCUGGAUGAAGUCACUCGGAAGAUAACUGACUUUGUGGCUGCCAGCCGUGACGUGGCGUUACAAAACACAGAGAUCAAACAGGCAUUCACCUGUUUGAUCUGCAGAGACACAAUGACUGAGCCGAUGUUUUCCUCCUGUUGCCGGAGCUUGGUGGGAUGCAGGAUGUGUGUCAAGGAGUGGGGGAACACCUCGAAACUGUGCUGCAAGUGCAGGGACGAAAAGCCCGUCUACACGGAGGUGGCUGGACUGUCUGCAGCACUGGCAUGUCUGAAGUCCCGCCCCUAAAACUACGUUCACAUGUCCUGUCAGUGAAAAUGUUAUGUGUUCGUGUUCAGCUAUAGAAAUAAAUGCUAAACUGUC